UACUUCAGUCAAUCCUUUUUGAUUCCACGUAUUAUUGGAGGUGGAGGAAAUAAACGUGCAAACGUAAACAGCUGUUAUAACCUCUGGAUGUCAAUAGCAGAUACAAACAAUACAUUCGAGGAUUAACUAAUUCUGUUCAGGAUGACGGAGCAAGAUCUGCCAAUUGACAUCAACGCUGGAAAAUUAUUGGAUUGGUUAAUAAAUCGGCGUCAUUGCAUACGCGGGUGGCAAACAAACAUUUUGUUAAUUAGAGAAAAAAUUAAUAAUGCCAUCCAGGACAUGCCCGAACAUGAAGGCAUCACGAAAUUGUUGACAGGAACCCAUAUCAAUUACUUCCACUGUAAAAAGAUAAUUGAAAUACUAAAAGAGACUGAAGCUGACACGAAGAAUUUAUUCGGAAGUUAUGGAUCACAGCGUAUGAAAGAUUGGCAAGAGAUUGUACGAUUGUAUGAGAAAGAUAAUUUGUAUCUGGCCGAAGCCGCGCAGAUGUUAAUUAGGAAUAUUAAUUAUGAAGUACCGAAUUUUAAGAAGCAGAUACAAAAAUGCGAACAGACUGCCAAUGAACUGGAAAAAAAAACUCUAGACUGUAGAAAAUCCGAAAACACAGCCAAAACGGAUUUUGGGAAUUCGUGUAAACAAUUAGGAAUUCCUGGGCAAAAAAUAAAGAGAGAAUUGGUAGGAAGAGUUGGAGAAUUGGCAGAUAUUUACGCGAAAAUAUCCGCCAGAGUCGAGUGUCUGGCUCCAGUCGUUGAAUUUUACUCUACAUUUGUGGAAUUCACGUUGGGAAGAAGUCGUGAUAACGAUUGUGUACCAAUGAUUCAAUAUGUCAUUGACAAAGGAAAUACAACAACUUAUGAGUGGACGUACGGUGAAGCACCUCUCUCGAUUGUCGAGCCUCCAUUGAAUAUAAAUCUAGACGAUGAAGAUAAAGUGCCUGUUGGCGACGAAAAUACUCUCGAUUUAGGUGAACCGAAUGAAAACGCCGAAAUUGAUUUUGGGGAUGAAGUAAAUCUUGACGAAGGUGGAGAGAUAGAUUGGGGUGACAUAGAGGGUGAACCAGCGGGUGAAGGUGCAAUAGAUUUUAAUAUUUCGUUGGAAGAGUCUGGAAUCGUCGUGGAAGCAGCUGGAAAUGAAGGAGGAACAGCUACCGGAGACGAAGCCCUCACAGUACUCGAUAAUCCCAAAACGAGAAAAGAUUUUAUUGAUCAAUUAUUGGAACUGCAGGCGUUCCUCAAGAUGAGGUUGUACGAGCUAAAAAGUGAUCGUCAUCAAAGUGUAUUGUCUACAAGUCUGAUGCAAGAGGCAUCUCCAAUUAUACAAAUGGCGACUGCAGAUACCACUCAAAAUAUGUUAGAUAAUGUGCAAGUUAUCUUAUCAGAGAUUUUAGACAGUCGAGUCCAGCAUUUGCAUUCUAUCAAGCAUUCCCCCAGAUAUGUGGAUGUGCUGGCUGCGAAUCUGGAACAGAAACUAGUUUUGGUGGAAAGAAUGGCGACAAUGCAGAAAGUCCUCAAAGAUAAACAACAAGAAGCUAGAUCCAAGGGGGGAGCUCUCAAAGAAUUGCUCGAAGUGGUUAUUCAAAAGACUCGAGAGCUGCAGAUCGAAAUCGAAAAAGAUAUCUCAAAAAAAUAUAAAAAUCGUAAGGUUCACUUGACCGGGAGCAUCAGCGCUCUGUGAUAUCCUCUCCCAAAAUUCCAGAUAUCGUGUUUUUUUAAAUGGCUAGGUGGUGGCAAUAAACAAUUGUAAAUAAUUAUUUUGUUAAAAUAAAGACACCUGGAU